UUUCUGUGUCAGACGAAGCUCAAAGCUUCAAACUUCUCUUCCAAAGGGCUUCUCUUCCAAAGGGCAAAAAGAAGUGUUACAACCCAAAAGGUCGCAUUUUUUCUCUCUCUACCCGUUCGCCAUUGCCGUCGAGCUCGGACACAGACAGAAAGAGAGGAAGGGGAGAAGGUAGGUCGGAGCAGCUUGAAUGGAGGCUAUCAGGAAGCAAGCCACUCGGCUCAGAGAACAAGUCGCCAAGCAGCAACAGGCGGUCUUGAAGCAAUUUGGAGCUGGGGGAUAUGGGGGAUCAGAUGGCCUGGCAACUGAUGAGCAGCAAUUCCAGCAGCACCAGAAACUUGAGAAGCUUUAUAUCUCGACACGCGCCGGAAAGCAUUUCCAAAGAGACAUUGUGCGUGGAGUGGAAGGAUAUAUAGUCACUGGGGCUAAACAAGUUGAGAUUGGUACUAAGUUGUCAGAGGAUGGCAAGAAAUAUGGUUCUGAAAGUACUUGCACCAGUGGUAGUACUCUUAGCAAAGCCGCAAUAAGUUUCGGGCAGGCUCGUGCUCAAAUGGAGAAAGAGCGUGGGAUUCUCUUGAAAGCUCUGGGGUCACAGGUUGCCGAACCAUUAAGAGCAAUGAUUAUGGGAUCUCCAUUGGAGGAUGCAAGGCAUCUUGCCCAACGAUAUGAUAGAGUGCGGCAAGAAGCUGAAGCUCAGGCUAUUGAAGUAUCAAAGCGCCAAUCGAGAGUAAGGGAAGCACCAGGUAAUACUGAGAUCAUUAUGAAGCUAGAGGCUGCGGAAGCAAAGCUGCAAGACCUCAAAUUGAGCACGGCAACACUGGGAAAGGAAGCUGCUGUUUCAAUGGCUGCUGUUGAAGCUCAGCAACAGAGAUUAACCCUUCAGAGACUUAUCGCCAUGGUGGAAGCUGAACGGACUUAUCACCAGAGAGUCCUUCAGAUACUUGAUCAGCUGGAGAGUGAGAUGAUUUCAGAAAGGCGAAGAAUUGAGGCACCUCCCAGUGCAACUUCUGAUAAUAUCAUGUCUCCACUUCCAUCAUAUGAAGAAUCCAAUGGUGUAUACGCUUCUCAUCACACAUCAAAUGGAUCCAUGGACAUGAUGAGCUACUUUUUAGGAGAGGUGGUGCAUCCAUAUCAAGCUGAAUCCGAUGUGGAGUUGGAUCUUUCAAUUGGUGAUUAUGUAGUUGUCAGAAAGGUGACUAACAAUGGGUGGGCAGAAGGCGAAUGCAGAGGAAAAGCGGGUUGGUUCCCAUUCGGAUAUGUCGAAAGAAGGGAACGCAUUCUUGCAAGCAAAAUGGCCGAAGUCUUUUAGAAGAUUUAUGAUCAAAGGGUAGGCUUCUAAUUGGAAGGUUCUGUGUGUAAGAUAGCUGCUGCAUUGUGUCUUGGGUUCUCGAAUGCGGGCGAAGAACACAUCUACUCUUGCCUGGUUUUUGUGUGUUGUGUAUAGAUUUAACCGUUAACCUUUUUCGUUGUUGACCGAUCUGGACAUGUCUUGCUUGUUUUUGCGUACUUUUGCCCCCUUUCUUCGUGUAGAAAAGAAGCUAACCCCUCGGUUAUUGGCUUAUUUUACUAUAUGACAAUUGGUUUUCAUAGAACCGUUGUUUGCCAUGGAAACAUUUUACCAAACGAGAACAGAGUUGUUAUUGAUUA